CAAGAUGACCAGCUGGAUAUCAUCCGUGAACUUGACCUGGCAAACGCCACCUACGGGAUUACCCAAGUGUCAGGGCUCCACAACGGCAGCAAAGCCUUCCUGUUCCGAGAUGUUGGCAGAGCAGUUCACGCUCCGCCACAUAUCACAGAAAAAGUGGUGCAACUGUUCAGGAGUAAAAGUGAAUUUACCUUCUUGGCCACCAUCCAGCAGAAGUCCUCCACAUCAGGAGUUAUAUUCUCCAUCCAUGAAUCCGAACACAGGAUUUAUGAGCGGGCGAUAGACCCUCCUCAGAUGGAGCUCACCUUGGGCAGUGGAGUGUGGCUAGGGCAACACAGCCACAAGCAUGGUUUAUUCAAGUUAAAUUAUGCUGAGUCUAGGCUGACCCAGCUGGAGGGCUGUCACUGUGAGAGGACCUGCAACGUCAAUGGCCUCGUGUACCGAGACAAAGAGCUGUGGGUGGAGCCCAAAAACUGCAGGAACUGUGCAUGUAAGAAUGGUGUGGUGGAGUGCCGCAGGAUCUUCUGUCCACCAGCAAACUGCUCAGAAGACACGCUGCCUGUCCAUGUUGAUGGGACCUGCUGCAAAACAUGCAGACCUAAAUGCACCUACAUGGGACAGACAUUUUCUGAAGGCCAACGCUUUCUAUCCAGGAGCUGCAGGGAAUGCAAGAAUGGCCUGAUGGUGAAAGUCACACAAACCUGCACAGAGAUCAACUGCAGCCUCAGUGAACAGAUCUUACCAGAGGGCAGAUGCUGCAACGUUUGCAUCGGUUACAACUUCUGCGCAGAGGGACUCAUUUGUGGAGAAAACUCAGAGUGUAAAAACAGGAAUACUAAAGCAGAGUGUGAAUGCAGGAGCGGCUAUGCCUCCAUCUAUGGGGAUUCCACGUACUGUGAAGAUAUCGAUGAGUGUGCAACACAGAUGCACUACUGCCAGUCCAACACGGUGUGUGUAAACCUGCCUGGCAGUUAUCGUUGUGAAUGUCUACCAGGUUUCAUCAGAGUGGACGAAUACUCCUGCACUGAGCAUGACGAGUGCGCAAGUGGCCAAAAUUUGUGUGAUGAGAAUGCCAUCUGCACCAACACCAUCAGAGGACACCUGUGUACCUGCAAGCCAGGCUAUGUGGGCAACGGCACCAUCUGUAGGGCCUACUGUGAGGAGGGAUGUCGAAGUGGAGGGACCUGUGUGUCUCCAAAUACAUGUGUAUGUCCCUCAGGAUUUACAGGACGCCACUGUGAGACAGAUAUUGAUGAGUGUGCAGAGGGCCUGAUUGAGUGCCACAACCACUCUCGCUGUGUCAACCUACCGGGCUGGUACCACUGUGAAUGCAGAAGUGGUUUCCAUGACAAUGGAUCCUACCAGCUCGAUGGAAGCUCCUGCAUUGACGUUGAUGAGUGCAGCUUGCUAACACACACCUGCUGGAAUGACAGUGUGUGUGUGAACCUGGCCGGAGGCUACGACUGUGUGUGUGCAUCUGGGCCUGGAUGUAGUGGCAACUGCCCACAGGAGGAGGGACUCAGACGCAAUGGAGAAGACUGGAAACCCAGCUUUGAUCGCUGUGCAAUAUGCUCAUGCAAGGAUGGACAGACAUAUUGCAGGAGGAGACCCUGUGACUGUGGAGACCCAGAUGAGGACUUGUUCUGCUGUCCGAUCUGUGACAACAGGCCUAGCACUCAGUGUCUGGACCAGAGUGGGCAUACACUUUACCACAGCGGAGCAACUUGGCUGUAUGGUUGCCAGCAGUGUCGCUGCAUGGAAGGGGAGGUAGACUGCUGGCCUCUAGUUUGUCCUGCACUGACGUGUGAGUACAAGGCGGUGGCAGAGGGUGAAUGUUGUCCACGCUGCGUCACAGACCCCUGCCUGGACAAUAACCUGUCAGAUGAUUUCCGGCAGGCGUGCAAAGACCCUACAGGUGACACCCAUCUCAGUGGGGACACAUGGCACAUGCCCAAGUCACCCUGCACCACCUGCAAAUGUAAGAACGGGAGCGUUUGCUGCUCGGUGGAUCUCGACUGCAUUCAGAACAACUAAAACUCUCCUCUCCUCCCAUCACGUCGGGACCAUCAGUCUCUCCACCAGUGGACAACCUUCUUUCUAGAUUCUUAGGACAUACUCGCGCACACACACGUGCAUGGCAUUGUGCGCACAGGAAACACACGCUGGACAGAUGUGGGUGUUGAAGCUGUGCUUUAAUGCCGCCACUCAAACGUCAAAACAGUGAGCGGGUGUGUGAGUGUGUGUGACUCGGGAGG